AUAACUUUCAAAGUGAGGGGAACACGUCCACGGAUCGGGAGGGGAAUAUAUACGUAAUAAAAGCGUAACCUUAUUCUCCAUUUUUUAAAUAGGCUGUGGAAGGAACAUACUUUAUGAUCGUGAAAAUCUCUGACAAUAAUUGUGCUAUUUAUAGUCGCCAUGGGAUGGUGCUAGGAAGACAAAGAAGAGGUAUAUGACAAUAUAUCAAUAUAAUUCAACCAAGUCUAUAGAAAUCAGUUAAGCCGUUCCCAGCUGGCCGUUCUCUGAGGACUGAUGGCGUCCCCCGCUGGCGGCGGCGGGGCGGCGGCCCGUCCGCGUCCCGGCGAGUCAGACGCCCGGGUCAGCGCGCGCGGCUUCCUGCUGGGUCUGGCCCUGCCGGCGUCCGUAGCCAGCCUCCAGCAGAUGUUCUUUGAUCGGGUGUUCAUGGGCCACGCGCUGUUCGUGGCAGUGGUGUUCUGCGGAGCUGCCGUGGCGGUGAUGCACAGCCAGUAUCAGGGGCGGAAAAUACAGACGGCGAUUCGAGCGGCGCUGCUCGGUGACGGGUUCGCCAUGGGGGUCAUUCUGGUGACCUCGGCCCCCUCCUCGUGGCAGGCGUUCGGCUGGUACGCGAUGAUCCUGUGCGCGUUCCACUACUCCGAGUACCUAGCUACAGCGCUGACCAAUCCGCAGUCGGUCAGCAACGACUCGUUCCUGUUGAACCACAGCUGGGCCUACUCGGUGGCAGCCGCCUCCAGCUGGGUGGAGUUCUGGCUCGAGCGAGCGCUGUUCCCAGGCAUGAAGGAGUUCAGCUUCACCAUCGGUCUGGGCCUGCUGCUCUGCGUCUCCGGCGAGAUCAUCAGGAAGCUGGCCAUGUUCACCGCCCGCACCAACUUCAACCACAUAGUGCAGAACGAGAAGCGUCCGGACCACCAGCUAGUAACUCACGGCGUCUACAGCUGGUUCCGACAUCCCAGCUACGUCGGCUGGUUCUGGUGGAGCGUCGGCACGCAGCUGAUCCUGAACAACCCCAUCUGUCUGGUGGGCUACACGGCCGCCUCCUGGACUUUCUUCAGAGACCGGGUCCGAUACGAGGAGGCCACACUAAUAAACUUCUUCGGCCACGCGUAUCUCGAGUACCAGCAGCGUGUGGGCACCGGUCUGCCUGGCAUUGCUGGAUACCAGCUGCAGCGGCGGCCCCAGUGAUGGCAGCGAGAGAGCGCUGUGACGUCAUUGGUGGGGAACUGUGACGUCAUCGGUGGAACGUUGUCACGUCACUGGUGGAACGCUUUGACGUCAUCGUUGGCACGCUGUGACGUUGAUGAAGGUAAGGUCAGCGUCCGACAGUGUUACGACUUACAAUGAUCUGUGAGGCUGCAGUUCACCCAGGAAUAGACCCGACUCGGCUAUAGGAAAGGAUCUCUGAUCGGGGAAAGACUCGCUACACUGGAGAAGGACAUCGUCCGGUGCGAGACCUGUCGGACUGAUUAACUAACUGACAGUGAUAGUUUUGACUUGUCGUGAGCGGAACGACGGGGAGGAGAGACACACUGCAUGAUGUGGAGAUGUGGUGACAAGCUGAACAGAUAAUGACAUUUAGUGGUGAAGCUGCGAAACCCCGCCAUGGAUACCUCGCGCAGAAAGACCUCUGCUGUGAAGUUUUGAUGCCGUGAGGUUUUGAUUACCGGAGUUUGCGCAGCGAUUGAAUUUUGUUUCUGGUGUGUUAUUAGGGAUGUAUGUAUGUGGCCCAAGUGUGCGAAGCAUGUCCAUUUUUAACCGUGCUAUACGGUCGGCGCUGUGUGAGGUCAUAUCAGUUUGAUGUGAUGUUUAGAGACAUCUCUGUAAUUGCGAGGGACCGACUCCGUCCCAAACGCGACUUAUGGAAGUUUGACAUUUAAUGGUGUGCUAUUGCCAUUGUGCUUCACGCUGUUCCAGUAUAACUAAUAUUUAUCGUAAUUAUGGCGCGUUUUCUGAUGUUUUUUCGUAGAAGAAAAUGAAUCCUGCAGGAUCACUCGGCUCUUAUUGUUUUCUUUGAGAGCGUUGCUGUUUGAUAUUAACCUCGUUUUGUAACUCUUGUCGCAUCACCAUUUUUCUACACUUUCUUGGACUUUGUAACAUUCUUUCCAGACUUUGUAAUGGUGCAUGUGCUGCGUAUAACUCUAAUGCAACUGUAUCGACGUGGGAGUAAUGAACUACUCACUGCCGCUGACCAGUGUGCUGGUCAGUUGUGUUAAUAUUGCAGUUUGCCGCUGUAUUCCCAGUGGAACAGUCCAUUCCGGAUGGAGUAACACUGGAAUCGACCCUGUGGAUGGGUUUAACUAAGUGCGCCUUUAGAUGCUGCGAUAUCUGGAGGCUAGUUAAUGCUCCUGUUGUGCCCUCACCGGUGACUUUUUCGGCGUUCGGUCGUGGUAUUGUUAACACAAGACGUCAUUCUAGUCACUAAAUGUCGCUCACCAUUUGUGUGAGAUCUUUGUUGAAAAGACUGAAGAGAAUACAACUGAAUAACAGUA